CAUGUUUUAUUUUACCUGUGAGUUUUUUUACAAGAGCACCUCAGAAUGAUUCAAGGCCAACUUGACCUGAGCAAGAGUAGCUGGCAGCAGAGAAAGGGGAGUGAAUUCAGAUACUGCUCUGUUAUCCAGCGGAUCCUUGGAGCUGCAGUGGACUCUGACCCACCCAGCAGCCACGCAAGUCCCAUCAGUGUGUGUGUUCGUGUGUGUGUGCAGCACGGCAGCCAGCAAAGUUUGUCACUAACCUAAGAUGACAGCAAGCCGUACCCGGUGCCUCAGAGGACUGAAGGAACUUAUUUGACAGUCAGCAGAGGUGGAAGUGUUUCUCCAGACUGCAGCAUGACCCUGCUCGUCCACGUGCUGGCCUGUGCCUUUGGCCUUGGCUCUUGGGUGGCGGUGAACGGCCUGUGGGUGGAGCUGCCGCUCAUUGUCAACGCGCUCCCUGAAGGCUGGGAGCUCCCCUCCUACCUGACUGUCAUCAUCCAGCUGGCCAACCUGGGGCCUCUGCUGGUCACACUCAUGCACAAAGUGCGCCCGGGCUAUCUGAACGAGCGCGCCGUCAUCUACUGCAUCCUCUCCAUCGGCGUGCUCUCCUGCAUCCUGCUCGCCUUCUUCUGGAACAGGACCACGAUUGUGGCCGGGGCAUCGCACAGCACGGCCUUCUUCAUCAUCACCUUCUUCCUCUCUCUGGUGGACUGCACCUCCUCGGUCACUUUCCUGCCUUUCAUGAUGCAGCUUCCGGCCAAGUACAUCACCACGUAUUUCAUUGGAGAAGGGCUAAGCGGUUUCAUUCCCGGCGUAGUCGCGCUGGCACAGGGCGUGGGCAUCGCCAAAUGCGUCAACUCCACCCAGACUGCAGGAAACCACACGGACGAGAGCGUGUGGUUGCUGCACACCGAGUAUCUCCCUCCAAACUUCUCCACCGAGGUGUUUUUCUUUUUGCUGGCAGCCAUGAUGUGCAUAAGCUUGGCUGCUUUCGUCGCACUGAACAAGCUUCCUCGGGUGGUGGAGCUGUCCAGGGAAAACCUUCUGUCGGAUGCUGUGGCGUCUGUCAGCUCCGGCCUGGACAACCCAGGAGCGGAGACUGACGGAGGGGCGACGAAAACCCAGGGGGAGGAGGCAGCGGAGAGCAAGCCGCUGCUGGAAAAACACUCCACGUACCAGCUCGUCUUCAUCUACUCUCUUGUGGUGCUGGUUAACGCCGCAACCAACGGCCUGCUGCCCUCCGUGCAGACGUACUCCUGUAUGCCAUAUGGGAACCUGGCCUAUCACCUCUCUGCAGCCCUGGCAUCAGUGGCCAACCCAGUCGCCUGCACCAUAGCCAUGUUCUUCCAGAAUAGGUCACUGGUUUUUCUUGGCGUGCUGACAGCGUUGGGGGCAGGGUUCGGCAGCUAUAACAUGGCCAUGGCGGCAAUGAGCCCGUGUCCUUUGCUUCAAGGGUCUGCAGCGGGAGAGGCCAUAAUUGUGCUCUCGUGGCUCUUCUUCACCGGGACGCUGUCUUACGUCAAAGUCAUGGUGGGCGUCAUCCUGAGAGACCGGAGCCACAGUGCCCUGGUCUGGUGUGGAGCUGCAGCCCAGAUGGGCUCACUGGUCGGCUCCGUCACCAUGUUCCCACUGGUCAACGUCUACCGUCUGUUUAAGUCCGGAGACUUCUGCAACACUUCAUGUCCUUCAUGACAGUCCGUCUGACGAGGAGCCGGAGACGCACUCAGGGACAUUUUGGGACACAUCAUAGUUUAAUCUCAUGCUGGGCGUUAGAUGAAAAUGUCGAUAUCACUCUGCUAAAGAAAGUGCGAAGAUACAGCUGGUAUGAGCUUGGCUCGGCUCAGAGACUGAGAACACAGAGAAACAUCUAGUCUGUCUCUGUCUGAAGUACAAAACUCUGCCAACCAGCCUGUCUAAUGCUAAAAAUAACUGUACGCUGUACGUGUUUAAUCUGAGCGCAAACUGAAAAAUAGGAGGAAAAGUUGUGCAUUCUGAGGGAAGCUACAUACUGAAAUCACUUCUUGAAAUCCACCAACUGUGAACUUUGAAAAUAACACAAUUAAACAAAAAGUUAUACACACACACAUAUAUAUGCAACUUCUGGCUUUUGAUUUUUUUAAGCCACGUCGAUAAUUCAAAUCCAUAUUUGUACCAUUUAAUACGCAAAUAUUAAAUUUGAUAAAUUCAACACUGAGGUAAAGCUGAUUUAUUUAAUAUGCACUGAUCCAAAGGUGAAUAGCACUUGUCAUCAAACUGUUAUCUUCUUUGGCCACUAGAUGGAGCAGGCACACUUUUAAAUCAGUCCACAAACACCAAGCGCUCAGUGUCCACACAAAUCCUUUAACAUCUACUGUUUACAUGAGAAGAAAAGGAAGUUAAAAUAGAUUUUUUUUUUUUUUUUUUUUUUUACUGAAAGCUAAAGACUAGAGGUGGAUACGUGUGCAUCUUUUUAUAUGAGAUGUUUCCCCUUUAAAAAUCAUCCAUGUAGAUAACUAAUAAAAACAGGUUGUUGAUG